GCUGCUCAGCGUCCCUUCCAUUCCCUCACUUCACACGGCACCAGGCUUUCCCCAUCUCAGUGACUCCAUCUGUUUCAUCCGUAAGACAAAAAUUGGAUUAGUGGCGCUCACGUUGCCAUUGGCCAGCCCACGCUUUGGCACUCUGGAGUUUGCCAGUUCAGAGAAGAGCCCAUGCUCUUUUGUGUACGCAUGGGACACUAUCAUAUUUUAACAGAAAUUGGGUCAGAGGCAAUAUUUUGGCAGCUAUGAAUUCAUUCAUUACCCGCAAUGGUGCUGACUUCUCCAUGACGGUGGAGAUCCCGGUGGAGAUCCCGGUGAAGAUCGUAAAUAUUCCCUGGAGGAACAACAACCUCACUACUGUGGAGACAGAGCCUCCUCUGUCAGAGCAGGCUGAGCUUGUCAUUGGGGUGUACCUGCUGGUGAUAGGUUGGCUCUCCUGGUUUGGGAACAGUGUGGUCAUAUUUGUUUUAUACAAGCAGAGGGCUUCCCUACAGCCAACAGACUUCCUGACCUUAAACCUGGCAAUAUCUGAUGCCUGCAUGUCUGUGUUUGGAUACUCCAGAGGAAUCAUAGAGAUCUUCAAUGUCUUUCGGGACGAUGGAUUCAUAAUAAAAUGGAUCUGGACCUGCCAGGUGGAUGGCUUCUUCACCUUGCUCUUUGGCCUUGCCAGCAUCAACGCCCUGACAGUCAUCAGCGUCACCCGAUACAUCAAAGGAUGUCAUCCCAACAGAGCGUACUGUAUCAGGACCAGCACCAUAAACGUCUCAAUCAUGUGUGCAUGGGCAGGAGCCUUCUUCUGGGCCAUGGUCCCUCUCAUUGGCUGGGGCAGCUACACAGACCAUGGAUAUGGCACUUGUGAGAUUGACUGGAACAAGGCCAACUACUCCACCAUCUACAAAUCCUACAUCAUCUCCAUCCUCUUCUCCUGUUUCUUCGUCCCGGUGCUGAUCAUGCUCUUCUCGUACGCGUCCAUCAUCAACGUGCUGAAGACCAGCAAUGCCAUGUGCGCCGAUGGCUACCUCACUGAACAGCACAGAAAGGCGGAGAGGGACGUCACCAGAGUCUCCAUCGUCAUUUGCACUGCCUUCACCAUGGCCUGGACACCCUAUGCCGUGGUGUCCAUGUGGUCUGCCUGGGGCUACCAGGUGCCAAACAUCACCAGUAUCCUCACCCGCAUGUUUGCCAAGUCCGCCAGCUUCUACAACCCGCUCAUCUACUUCGCCAUGAGCGGAAAGUUCCGCAGGGACGUGCGCACCUUGCUGCCAUGCGCCCGCGAGAACAAGGACAAGGUGCGCCUGCGCAGCUUCAACGCCCUACGGCCCAAGGAUGGUGCCACUACCAUCCCCACCGCCAUACCCACCGCCACUGCAGGCCAGUUUUACUACCACCAGGGGGAGACAAAGUAUGCCUUGGGGCAACUGUUGGAUAAUCACCUGCCUACGAGGCUCCAGGACCCCCAACACACACCCCCACCCAUCAACCGGGAGAUAAACUGUGUGCCUUCUCCCGCAGAACCCGAGACUGCAGAGUAUGAAAUCGAUCGACUCUAAGCGCCAAGGGGUCUCCCCCUGUUAGGUUCUCUCUGUGUUUUUUUUAAGAAGCGAUGCACUGCUUAAUCUGUGUGUGUUUGUAAACUGUGUGCUGUGUAUAAUGAUUUACCACUUGCUGCUGUCAAUAAAAUGUCUCUGUUGUUAUUGUA